AUGAGCUACCCCGGUGCUACGCCUCCACCGCCAGGUGCCGAGCCGAAUAUGGAGAAUCCAGCUGAUGUACUCUGGACGAUUAAUUAUCUCACCCAAGCUCUCACACUUAUUUUCACAACAGGGUUUGUCGCAACACGGUUUUAUGCAAAGUACAAAGUUAUGGGAGGAGGCAUGACCAAAGAUGAUGUUGCCACAUAUGUUUCCUUUGUUUUGAUGGUUGGGUACUGUGUCACUGCUCUCAUAGCUGGACAAUAUGGCAUGGGUCACAACCAGUGGGAAGUCAGCCCAAAAGAUCUAACAUCGUUCCUCAAGUGCGGCUACGCAGCGACCAUCUUCUACGCCCCGAUGGCGCUCGGUGUCAAGCUCUCCCUCCUCUUCAUAACCAUUCGAGUCUUUGGCACGGUUCACAGAAAGACCACCAUCGGUAUCUACAUCUUUAUCGGCAUGCUAGUCGCAUACUACGUGUCCGGAUUGUUUAUCAAGAUCUUCAUCUGCAAGCCCAUCAGCUCAUACUGGAUGGGUGAUGUGGAUAAGUGUCUUGACCAAAACGCCAUCAUCACGGCCGAUGCGAUCAUUAGUGUGGUUAGUGAUCUGGCAAUUCUGUUCCUGCCCACGCCACUCACAUGGUCAUUGCAACUCUCUAUGAGAAAAAGGCUUCGUGUCAUUGGCAUCCUCUGUGCGGGAGGAGUUGCUACGGGGUUUAGUAUCUAUCGAUUGGCUAUGAUCCUCAGUGCCCGAAACUCAACCAACCAAACUCUUGUAUUUACGAAAGUCAUUCUGUCUGGAAACGCAGAAGCUGGCAUCGGUUUGAUUUGCGCUUGCCUCCCCUCCAUAAGUGCCCUUAUCGUCCGACGCAAUGGCUACGCUUCCCGCGGAUAUCAGAGCUCAGGACCAGCAGAUCGCAGCAGACACGGCGAGAUCAUGCUGACACGAUCAUAUCAAGUUGAAACGAGCAAAAAGGGACAGCAUGAUCCGUUCCACCUUGGAAACGAUGAAGCCGGUUUGAUUGCGAGUAUACAGGCAAACUCGAAGAGCGACUGCUCAAGUCGAGCGAGGACUCCAGAGUCAACCUAA